CUCCAUCCAUGUAGCUACCAUGUAAGCGGACCCAAUGUUUGAUUACGUGCAUAACCGAUAGUCACUGAAAUUGUGGUAUUGCAAUUUGUACACGUUUAAAAAAAUGAGGAUUAUGAAUGUGUUAAAUUUAGUGUAACCAUGAAUUUGUAUAAGAGUGCAUAUUGGACGAAAUGGGCUAUUUCAUUAUACGUUAUAAUUUUUCUCCUAGAUGUGACCGUGGGAGUUCGAAUAAAUAAACUGCAGGUACCUGAAGUGACACAUAUAGGCAGUCCGGUUAUCCUGGACUGCGACUACAGCUGGGAGGAGACGAAGGACGAGGGAAUUGUCGUAAAAUGGUACUUUAACGAAGAAAAAAUUCCCGUUUACCAAUGGAUAGCGACCAAGAAACCUCAAGUACUAGGUAUCCUCAAAGGGCGUCUUAACUUGGAAUAUUCCGUCAGUCAAGAUAAGAAUAGCAAGCACAGGGCCCUUCAUAUCACAAAACCGGGCCCAGAUUUGUCAGGGGACUACACAUGCCUUGUAUCCUCGUUUAACAAUGAGGACCGACGUACGAAAAGUAUGCUGGUCUUCGUUCCAGAAAAGAAUCUCGAUUUACGUCAGGAGCGAAUAGGUGAGGAAGUUCUGCAAGUUCUCUGCUCGGCGGAAGGGGUAUUUCCGAAACCGGAUAUGAGCUUGCUUAUGGGUAGCAGUGAAGUUAAUGGAUCGUUGGUGACAGUUGAAGAAAGGGAUGGCUUGUUUGACAUCAAGGCAAGAGCUAAUAUUCCCGCUCUCAUUUCUCCGGAAGAAUUCUCCUGCGAGCUUCGAAUUCCCAAAGCUAACUAUACAGUACGAAAGGAAGCUGUAUAUUAUCCUGGAGCGUAUGGAACUGCGCUGGCGCCGUCUGGAUUUCUCUUGUUUGCUAUACUCUGCUCAAAGGGAAUUUUUCUUUUGAAGGGGUGAUCCUCCACUGCGAUGUACAACGCCAAAGAAACAAACAAAAAUACUAAUUGUGUAAAAUAUUUUCUAUAUGUGUAAAAAACGUUCAAAUUCUAUUAAAUAAAAUUGUGUA